CGCUAUUUGUGUCACCUGGAAUUGUGUUUCUGUAGAUUUUUUUCUCGUUUAUGAUGUAAGCGCAUGAAAUCUUUGGGGAGUUUCUGUUUGAAAAGGAAUCCCGGAGUAACGCUUGCUGCCGUGGUUCAUGCAUUUAGCUUGGUUUGCUCCCGGAAGUUGAUUUUUCCACAGAACAUUUGUAGACCUGAGGAAAUCACUGUAAAUGUUAGAGUCCCAGAUUGCUAAUCUACAGGAUUCGUUUUUUGAAGAGGAAAUGUGAGGACACACGUAUAGUCAGUUUUAAGUUUACGAGAGUGCUGAAACCUUUCUGCUGGAGAAAUGUCUUCAGAGUCAGAAAAGGAUAAAGAGAGGCUCGUUCAAGCUGCCAAAACAUUCUUCUUUUACAUGCAAGAUCUUGCUUCCUUCACAAAUGCACUCAUCGAAUUGUUCAACAGCAGUAUGAGCACUCAGAUCCUCUUGAUGACUGUGAAAGAAGAUGGUAAUGUGAAGGCUGUCUUUGAACAAAUGCUCAAAAUUUUUAAGGAGAUGCACUCUGUGGUGGCGGCCAAGCAGGACCCAAUGCAAAGUGAACCUUUAAGUUCCAAGAUUGCAACAGCUAUUUCCUCUAUGGUUGAGAAGAGUAACAAUAUAAGGGAGUUGCAACAGUCAACCAAAGAAAUGUUCAAAAAUGCCCAGUCACCGAUCAUUGCCUCUGUGCUGAAUAGUGGUAACAUUCUUGAGAGUUUGGAAUCUUCUCUUUUACUCUUGAUGAAAUAUCCCAUCAUGAAUCUCCAAUUAAGUGACUUCUACAGGAAAGGACAAUCAGAUGCCACCACAUCUGAGAAAAGUCCAGGUCCAUCCAAAGCCACUACAAUAGAUGCCUUGAAAAAGUUGCAGGAUGCACUCAACAUUGAGAAUGCUAAGAAUACCAUUAAGUCAGCUGCAGAUCAAAUGGAACAAAUUGUCAAAACUAUGGGACCCAUCUUAGAGGUCCUUCAAAAAGCCAUAAAAACUAUGGAAACCAAGUUUUCUGUGUUUAAGAAACCCAGGAACUAGUAGGAGUGCAACAGAAGUGUUCGUGCUGGUCAGAAAACCAAUUCAAACCAUGCAAGUUUUCAUAGUACUCUCUAAGACCCUCAGUGCCCAACAUGUGGCCUAUUGGGACAUGAAUUCAAAGAGUAGUCACCUGGCAAACCAUGUACCUCAAGGUUUGCUUUAUUCAAAUAAAAAUAAAUAACCAAAGAAAUCCUGCUUGAAAUGGUGGUUCCUGAAAAGAAUAUAUUGUUCAAAAAAA